UAUUUGUAUUAUAGAUAUGAAAAUGGCUGCUGCUAUGAUUUUAAUGGAUCUAUUGAAAGUUGAAGAAGAAGGAGAAAUAAUGAGAGAAAAUUCUGAGACAAUGAAAACUUUGAGGAAUACUAUUGACCCUUUUGAUUUAACAGAUCGGCAAUUUGUAAAAGUCUUUCGCUUAUCAAAAGAUGCAGUGCGCUAUUUAUGUGAUGUUCUUCAAUGUUCCUUGCAGCGUAGAAGAAGAGGAUUAAGUGUGGAAACUCAAAUUUUUACCGCAUUGCGGUUUUUUGCUACCGGUUCAUAUCAAAAAGCUGUUGGAAAUGAUUAUUUAGUAUCAGUGUCACAAUCUGCUGUCAGUCGGGCAAUAAAAGCAGUUGCAGUUAGUAUUACUCAAUUACUUGCUCACGAAUGGAUUAAGUUUCCAAGAACGAAAACGAACAGCUUUAAAAAGAAGAUUCCAAGAAGAAAGAAAUUUUGAAGGAGUUAUAGGUUGUAUCGAUUGUACCCACAUUGCUAUAGUAAGACCGAAAAAUCACGAGGAAGC